AAGCUCAGAACUAAGCCUGGGUCGCUCCUGUCCUCACCUGGCACUCACCACACUCCCCACUCCCCUGCAUCUUCCCCACUCUUCCCUCUGUUCGUGGGAUAUUUAGUGAGCACCUACUUAGUAGUUCUCAGUUCCCACAGAAUAAGAAAUUCUUGGGGAAACAAAAGAUGCAAGGAAAACAGUGAAACACAUGAGGAGCUGGGGAAGAACAUUCCAGGCCGAGGGAGCUGCAAGGUCGAAGGCCCCUGGAGGCGCUGGGAGAAAACUGGGUGGACAGGGACGGGUGGAUGACAGAUGGAGCUGAGGAGACUGGAUAUUAUGGAAGUUUUCAAAGUAGAGGAUCAUGAUUUGAUAUUCGGUUUUACAGUUGCACUCUGGCUGCGGGUACAGGACAGAUCACAGGAGGUACGGGUGGAAACAGGAAACAAAUAACCAGGUCGGCUGCUGCCGUGGUCAAGGCCCAGGGCCACGGUGGCGCCUGUCUGUGGCAGUGAUGGAGGAGGGAGAUGUGGACUCUGUUUUCAGGGAGGACAGCAGAAUGUACUGACGGGGAAGGCAAUGUGGCAGGGAGGUGAAGGAGAGUCAAGGGGAAUAGAGGUCACUGUGUCACCCUGGACACCCCUCUGCCCUAGGGGCACUUCCUAGAGGGGUGGGGAGCAAGCCCUGGAGCUCCAAGCCUGGCUCUUGGGAGCACAGCAGCCCAGACUUGGGGACCCAAAGAAUGCUUCUCAGAGAAGGUGGUGGGAUGCGGAGGAGGAGGAGGAGGAAGGGACAGACGUGAAGAGCAGAGAGGAGGGAAGCAAAGGUUUGGAGCUGUAAGAAGGUGCUCAGAGAAGGCAGGAAGCAUGGGCCUCCAGGACCCAGAGGGGAGAGAGCUGGCGGGAGGGGACGCUCCCUAGAGCCCCAAGCCUCUCAGGGCCUUGUGACAUGCUGAUGUUCAAGCUAGUGGUGGCGGCUGCUUUCUAUUCAGCAGGACAAAAUUUCCUGUGGGAGCACAGCCUGCAGUGCAGAGCCAUGAGCCACCAGAUCCUGCUGCUCCUGGCUGUGCUGACCCAAGGCCUGGCUACCUCCCAUCACCGAGACAAGGGGCCCUGUAAGAUGGUGGACAAGGAGGCCUUGUGCCAGGGCCUUGGCCUGCUUCAGGUUCCCUCAUUGCUCCCGUUGGACAUCGAGGCCCUUGACCUCUCUGGAAACCAGCUGCGGAGUAUCCUGGCCUCGCCCCUGAGCUUCUACAUAGCACUUCGUCACUUGGACCUGAGCAUCAACGAGAUCAGUUUCCUGCAUCCAGGAGUCUUCCAGGCCUUGCCCCACCUGGAGCACCUCAAUCUGGCCCACAACCGCCUGGCGGUGGGCACUGCGCUGAACGCUGGUGGUCUGGGCCCCCUGCUGCAUGUGACCUCCCUGGACCUGUCUGGGAAUAGCCUGUACAGUGGCCUGGUGGAGCGGCUGCUGGGCGAGGCACCCAGCCUGCGCACACUCUCCCUGGCAGAGAAUAGCCUGACACGCCUGGCCCGCCACACCUUCUGGGGCAUGCCUGCGUUGGAGCACCUUGACCUGCACAGUAACGUGCUGAUGGACAUCGAGGAUGGCGCUUUUGAGGCCCUGCCCCGCCUGGCCCACCUCAAUCUCUCCAGGAAUUCCCUCACCUGUAUCUCCGACUUCAGCCUCCAGCAGCUGCGGGUGCUUGACCUGAGCUGCAACAGCAUCGAGGCCUUUCAGACGGCUGCGAAGCCCCGAGCGCAGUACCAGCUGGCCUGGCUGGACCUGCGCGAGAACAGACUGCUCCAUUUCCCUGACCUGGCCGCGCUCCCAAAACUCAUCUACCUGAACGUGUCCAACAACCUCAUCCGGCUCCCCUCGGGGCUGCCUCAGGGCAGUGAGGGCCUCCACGCGCCUUCCGAGGGCUGGUCAGCCCUGCCCCUCUCGAACCCUAGCUGGAACACCAGCACUUACCCCCUCUCCCAGCUCUUGAACCUGGAUUUGAGCUACAAUGAGAUUGAGCUCGUCCCUGAGAGCUUUCUGGAGCGUCUGACCUCUCUACGUUUCCUGAACCUCAGCCGAAACUGCCUGCAGGCUUUUAGGGCCCCGCGCACAGGCUCCCUGCCCUGCCUGGUGCUCCUGGACUUAAGCCACAAUGCACUCGAGGCGCUGGAGCUGGGUGCCAGAGCCCUAGGGUCCCUACGGACGUUGCUCCUGCAGGACAAUGCCCUGCAGGACCUGCCACCAUAUACCUUUGCCAGCUUGGCCAGCCUGCAAAGGCUCAACCUGCAGGGGAACCGGGUUAGUCCCUGCGGGGGGCCAGCUGAGCCCAGCCCCGCAGGCUGUGUGUCCUUCUCUGGCAUCCCCACCCUUCGCGUUCUGAACAUGGUGGAUAACGAGAUGGAGAUGCUCAGAGCAGGGGCCUUCCUCCACACCCCGCUUACUGAGCUGGACCUCUCUGCCAACCCUGGGCUGGAUGUGGCCACAGGAGCCUUGGCAGGCCUGGAGGCCUCUUUGGAGGUCCUUGCGCUCCAGGGCAACGGGCUGACCGUCCUGCAGGUGGACCUGCCCUGCUUCAGCUGCCUCAAGCGGCUCAAUCUUGCUGAGAACCGCCUCAGCCACCUGCCUGCCUGGACACAGGCUGUGUCACUGGAGGUGCUGGACCUGCGGAACAACAGCUUCAGCCUCCUGCCAGGGAGUGCCAUGGGUGGCCUGGAGACCAGCCUCCGGCGCCUCUACCUACAGGGAAAUCCACUCAGCUGCUGUGGCAAUGGCUGGCUGGCGGCCCAGCUACACCAGGGCCGAGUGGAUGUGGACGCCACCCAGGACCUGAUCUGCCGCUUUGGCUCCCAGGCAGAGGUGUCCCUGAGUCACGUGCGUCCUGAGGACUGUGAGAAGGGUGGGCUCAAGAAUGUCAACCUCAUCAUUAUUCUUACCUUCACACUGGUUUCUGCCAUUGUCCUCACCACGCUGGCCACCUGUUGCUGUGUCCGCCGACAGAAAUUCAACCAACAGUACAAAGCCUGAAGAAGCCAGGAGACCUUUCAGUGCAAGAGCUGGAGGCACAGAGAGGAGUGGGGACUGACACAUGGUGAGCAGUGUCCCAGAACCCUGGUCUCCAACUCCCAGCCCAGGGCUUCUUUCUCUGCGUCCUGCUGCAUGGGUAGGUGACCCACUUCCCAGGCUGCACGAGUGGUCCAGCUGCGGAAACUGCAGUUGGGCCAUUUCAGGGGCAACAAGUCCUCACUGAGCAUCUGUUUGGGGUCACACCCUGCUCUGGGGACUGGGGAUGCAGUAAAUGAACGAAACACAUGCUGCAUUCUGGGUAGGAAAAGGUCAGUACAGAGCUGGGCAGUGACCACACAGUGGAUGGGGUUCGAGGUGGGGAACCCCAGCCGGUUCCAUGUGGAGAGUCCUGCCCCUGCUGCACCAGGGCAAGGGAGGGACAAGCCCAAGAGGAUUGGUCUGAAAUGUUUCCAAGCAGACUGUUUUGUCACAUCUUCUGAUAAUGACUUCCAGCCUCUUUGGAAAAUGAAGAACUUGUGACCGGAAGAAAAGAACUAGAGCCUCAUGAGGCCGUCUUGGACCCAGUGCUGUUAGACAAGCUGCAGCACCCCCAGAGUCUUGUUAAGAGGUGGUCACCUGGGCUCGGGCAGGCCGUCGUUUCCUGUUCUCCACAGGCCCUUGCCCAUCCUGGCACUCUCCUGCCGCACACACUGACCCACUCUUGCCUGGACCCCCAACUCCCUGCACAGGCCCCCUUCUCUGUCCUGGCCACGUCCUGGCUGCUGAGCCGAGUUAAAGCCUUAGACGUCUGGUUCUGCUUUGCACCCAGCUUGGCACCUGCAGAUGCAGAUUCAAGCCUCACCAUCUCUCUGUGUGACGACUCUCAGAGGUUGGUAUUUUAUCCUCAUUUUACAAAAGAGGAAACAACUCUCCCAAAGUCUCCCUCCAGGGUCCCGUAUCUAAGAAAUGCCAUAGCUGAAAUUCAAACCCACAUCCUUUUGUGUCUAAGCCUGAGUGGCUCCGUAUCACCUGACCAGGGCCUGAGUAUCCUGUGCUCCGAGUACCCAUUCCUCCUCUCUCCCAGGCAGGCAGAAGGAAGAUGGGCCCUAUGCUUCUCCUCUGCCUCAGUUUCCCUCAUUCCCUCCUUCACAGACUGAUGUGGCUUCUCCCUUUUCUCUUCUUGCUCCUGUGUUUUCUUAUUCCCUCUCUAUUGAGCAGAGCCUGGAGUUUGAGGUCAUUGAGUUCAACCUCCCCAUUGCACAGAUAGGGAAACUGAGGCUUAGGAAGAGAUGAGACUUGCUCAAAACUGCACAAGUCAAUGGCAAAGCCUGCAAACAAAAAACAAAAAAAAAAAAACCAAAAAAACAAAAACAAGAA